UCGACGACAAGCAUCGUCACAGGCCAAAUCGGGUUGAUAUGGAAGCAAAUGAAGGCAUCGCUGAUCGUGCCGUUUCUGCAAGCUAUGGUCAUCUUGUGUCUGGCCAUGUCGAUAAUGCUUUUCGUCGACAGGUUGUAUAUGGGGAUUGUCAUAGUCUUUCUCAAGUUGUUUGGGAAAAAGCCUGAGAAGAAGUACAAAUGGGAGCCGAUGAAGGAUGAUGUUGAGCUCGGUAAUGGUGCUUACCCCAUGGUUCUAAUACAAAUCCCAAUGUACAAUGAAAAAGAGGUUUAUCAACUUUCCAUCGGAGCUGCCUGUGGACUUUCAUGGCCAUCGGAUCGGAUCAUAAUCCAAGUUCUCGACGACUCGACGGAUCAUAGCAUCAAGAGCAUGGUGGAACAAGAAUGCCGAAGAUGGACAAGCAAAGGGAUGAACAUAAAGUACGAGAUAAGGGACAAUAGGAAUGGAUACAAAGCAGGUGCUUUGAAAGAAGGAAUGAAGCGUAGCUACGUGAAACAGUGUGAUUAUGUGGCCAUUUUCGAUGCAGAUUUCCAGCCCGAACCAGACUUCCUAUGGCGAGCCAUCCCUUUCCUUGUCAACAACCCUGAAAUCGCACUUGUUCAAGCACGUUGGGAAUUUGUCAACGCAGAUGAAUGCUUAAUGACAAGGAUGCAAGAGAUGUCAUUAGAUUACCAUUUCAAAUUUGAACAAGAAGUGGGAUCUUCAACCUAUGCUUUCUUUGGUUUCAAUGGAACUGCUGGUGUAUGGAGAAUUUCGGCACUCAACGAGGCCGGUGGAUGGAAAGACCGAACGACGGUGGAGGACAUGGAUUUGGCGGUCCGGGCUAGCCUUAAAGGCUGGAAAUUCGUUUAUGUAGGUGACCUCAAGGUGAAGAAUGAAUUGCCAAGUACUUUCAAAGCUUACAGGUAUCAGCAGCAUAGAUGGUCUUGUGGACCAGCUAAUCUCUUCAAGAAAAUGGCAAUGGGAAUCAUGAGAAAUAGGAAAGUUACUGUAUGGAAGAAGCUUUAUGUGAUCUACUGUUUCUUCUUUGUCCGAAAGAUAGUGGCUCACAUUGUCACAUUUGUUUUCUACUGUGUCGUUUUACCCUCAACUGUGUUCCUUCCUGAAGUCCAAGUUCCUAAGUGGGGUGCUGUCUACAUUCCUUCCAUCAUCACUAUUCUCAAUGCCGUCGGAACUCCGAGGUCAUUGCAUCUAGUGGUGUUCUGGAUUCUUUUCGAGAAUGUCAUGUCUCUACAUCGGACAAAGGGGACGUUCAUCGGUCUGCUGGAGGCUGGAAGAGUGAACGAAUGGGUUGUUACUGAGAAACUGGGAGAUGCUCUCAAGACUAAAUUAGUUGCAAAAUCUCCCAAGAAAACCCAUAAUCGAAUCGGAGACAGGCUUCAUUUGCUUGAGCUUGGUGUUGGGGCAUACCUCUUCUUGUGUGGCUGCUACGAUAUGGCUUUCGGAAAGAACCGCUACUUCAUCUUCCUCUUCCUCCAGUCGAUCGCCUUCUUCGUCACAGGUUUCGGUUAUGUCGGAACCUUUGUUCCAACCUCUUAGCCCCAAAAUUAUCAAACCAGAAUCCAUCUCUCUAUGUCUUCUCCAAAUAUAAGAGCACUUCAAUUUCUUUGAUUGUUU